AUGCCUUCGAGCGAGCCAGCGGCAGACCUUGAAGGAGGCAGGUCGAAAAGCACAUCAAGGACUGCCUAUGAAGACCUCUUAUCAGCUCACCAAGCUGUAGCUGGUUCCUGGGAAGCAAGCGAGGCUACAUGUCACAGCGCAAGCUGCAAAGCCGAUCUCGAGGAUGUCACAAGUUCGAAGGUUGGAGACACGGGCUGGGAAGUGCCUGAAACACCGCCAGAUCCAUUGAAUCCUCCAUGUCCUGUCCGGAAGGAUUUGUACAAGGACCUCCAGGCCGUGAACGUGGUUGUGGUAGUUUUCUCCGGAAGACGAGACCGCAUGCGCAUCCUGAUGCGCUAUCUGCGGCGCGAUCUUCGAAAGCAUGGUGGUGUGGUUGACAAGAUCGUGUUCGCUUUGUGGCAAUACACGGCAAAGGACCUUUCAUAUAUGAAAGAGCUGGUCAGCUCCCCUGACGGAGCUGAUGGAACUUUCGACAUCCAAGACUUCUCCGAGCAGCGCUGGGGUCGGUCUCGCAUCGAUGCCGACCCGAUCUCAAAUCGAAUGGUCCAGCUUUACAAGAGCAUGAAUGAGACAGACACGGUGUAUGUGAAGGUUGACGACGACGUGGUUUACGUUGCGGAACAUGCGAUUGCAGAAUUAGUCAGGGAGAGAUUACGAAAACGCUGCCUGCUGGUGUCGGCCAAUGUGGUGAACCAUGCCAUCAUGUCGGCUUUGCACCAAGACAGGGGCGCUCAUCGGGGCUUUUGGCCAACGGAGGAGCAGCAAAGAAACCCUGUUUUGCGGCUGCCGUGGUCAAAGAAGGAGGAAAUCAACACGUCUCCGGACUUCCAGAUCGAACGCUUCCCAGCAUCACGUUGCGUGGUGGAGCGUUGGGACUGUGCUGCUCUGGUCCACGAGAGUUUCUUGGACCGCUCUGCAGACAACACUCUGUGCGUAUUCGAUUUCGGUUGGCACGACUUCAACCGCUUGGGCUACAGAGAACACAGGUACAUACACAGAUCUCCAAGCGUCAACAAGGAGUACUGGACACAGGGGGCAAGGUGGAGCACAAACUUCUUUGCCUUCAGGGCAGAAGACCUGGACGGAGUAAACUGGAGUAACGUGCAUGGCAAGGGUGACGAUGAGGAGGAGUUUACUGGGCCUCACUCGGAAAGAAGAGACCGACACUCUUGUGCAGUUGGCGCCGCGUUGGUGGUGCACUUCUCUUACGGGUCCCAGGAGGAGGGUCUGAUGGCCUACACGAACUUGUCAGUUACCAACUUUCACGUUGUCCAACAUGCCUCAUUUGUCUCCGUGCACUUCGCCGAUGGCCUGCAGUGCAGAGCAAAGGUGAAGGCGAGAUGUGAACCUUGCGACUUGGCUGUGCUCCAGGUCCUGCUCGACAGCUGCUCCGGCUCGGAUCUGCAACUUCCACCGCCGUUGAGGCUGGCACGACACGGCCCGGAUCUGGGUGCCAAAGUAGCGGCAGUGGGUCACCCGGAGCACUGGGCCUGGCUUCUGGGCGUGGGCCAUGUCACUGGAAUUGGUCGUCGCAGCUCCCGUGCUGUGCAGCGCUUCCGGGUAGAUGAAGAAUCGGACGGAAAACUUGUGCGAAGGUACUGCCGAGGUUAUUGCCUCUCGCAGGUGCAACUCUAUUCACUUGUGUCCCAGUUUCUGAAGGUGCACGUGCUGGUGCAAAUCUUAGCGAUGGCAGAGGCGGCAAAUGCUGCAGUCCUCGCGGCUGUGCCUUGGGCUUCUGUCGAAAGCAGGAAGAUUGCGAAGAACUGUCUGGAGACCUGGCUGGCCGAUUGCGGGAAUGAGCCCUCGAACCCAAAGCAGAAAGCUCGAACUGGAGGCCUCGGCCUGGCCUUGCCUUUGAUUCUCCAAGUCCUGGACCAGACUUCGGAUCAAGUGGUCCGGCUCAUCGCCUGGGAUGCCCUGCAUUUGAUGCUGGAUCGUGCCCUGGCAACCGAGGUGCAGAACUUUCGCCCCCCUUUGCAGCAUGUCUUGGAGACUUGUUCUCCACUCUUCCUGGAUGAAGAGGUCGCAUGCCUCGCCGUCGCACCUUUCUGUGCUUCGAGCGUGCUUUUCCUGCUUAAAGCUUUCAGCCUUGAUUGCAAGUUAGAUCGCAGCAAGAGCUUGGACUCCUUGCUUCACUACGGGAGCCUCCACUGCAAGCCCAACUCGCGUGCAUUCGCGCUCUUCUUGGAAUUUGGACUCUUGCCGCUCCUGACCCGGGAAGCCUGGCUGGUUGCACCGCACCUGCGCGAAAUAGCAGAGCUCCUGCUCCAGAGCUGCGAGGGAGGCAACGCCUUGGAGGUGUUGCUGGCCUGGCACGCCAUGCUGCUUCUGUUUGGAGGGGAGCUCCAAGCCCGUGUCAAGAGGUAUUUUCAGGACAUCCUUCUGCGCAUGGCCUUUACCUACCUGACCUUCUUUGCAUCCGAUCCGCCUGAGGGUCUUCAGCAAGAGCCUACGACAGGAUCUGGGCAGUUCCUGUCGCCUGUGACGGCUGCGAUGACAGCAGCGGAGUGGACGGAGGCGUCUUGCAGGAAGGACGAGUUGGAUGCUGUACUUCGCGAUGUUGCACGAGUGUUAGCAGAGGCCGAUGAGCCAGGAGGCGAUCUUCUGACGAGGAGCUUGACGGAGCUGACAGCAUCGGCGUCACUGCCUGUGCCAUCGGGUGGGGCUGAAGGUCUGGCUCAUCGACUCAAGGACUUCGUCCUCUUUGUCAUGGAUGCUGUGGAGUUAAGUGAGCAGGAGAUGCGGGAGAGGCGAGCAGAGGCGCUCCAGGACUUCCAGGAGCAGUGCUCAGUCGAUGGCGUCGUGUUUGCCUCGGUCGCAGCUGGUCAUGGCAGCAGCGGUGGCCCGCUGCUGGACUCUCAUGGAGAUGUCACAGGUGUGAUUACCUGGCAAUUUUCGGGCUCACAGCCCGUGGUGAUUGCAGCCAUCAGCACGUCUGUUGUACGACAGGUGGUACCGCAGCUCAUCUCUCAGGGCAGCUGCAGCCUCGCUCACGCAGGCAUCGAAGGCCGUAUGGGUCCAGCGCGACUCACGGCCCCCAGCUGGAGAAGUAAUGCCUAUCUGGGGGUCAAGGCAGACGGAGUCAGGCUUUGGGGCUUGCCCUCCCGCGAAGCGCGAGAUGCCGGCCUUCGGUGGUUGGAUGAGAUCGUAGCUGUUGGCAGAACAGACGAGCCGGUGCAUUCCGUUGCUGAUGUUCUUCAUGCCAUACAGGCGCAGCCUGGCUCACCCAUGCCAGUCCGUUUAAGACGCUUUGGCAGCGAACACACGGCAGAGCUUGUUCGCGAUGUGCCACGAAAAAGAUCGCCACUGCUCAUCCGUCGGAUGGCGAGUGUCGGUGCGCGUGGCUUGAUCGUGCUGAGGGUGCUGCGCAAUUAUCGACGUCUACUAUUGGCAUUGCAGAAAGAUGCUGGCAGCUUCCAGGCUUCGCUGCAGACCUUCCGCGAGCCAGGGGGCUUCAACGAGAGUGCGGUGCCCGAGGCAGCCUCACAGCUGAUUUUCGCUCUGGUACAAUGGGCGUUGGCCUCCGACCCUCUUCGCAAUGUGUGCCUGCCAGCUCGCAUAAAUUCCAAGUGCGCCGUCACUGGAGAUAUGAAGAAGAAGAUUUGGAAGCCAACUUCAUCUUUCCGGAUCUGCCAGGCAAAAUGCAACAGUGAAGCUGUGGAGACCCCGUCUUGCUGCGUGCACUCAGCAAAGACCGGACAGUGCCAAAUGAUCUUCGGCGGCAAUUCCACCCUACCUGCCGAGCCGCAGGAUCGAAGCCGAGCUGCGCUGUGCCGCCCUUUUCCGGUGGCACGGGUGGCUGCGGAACUCGGGAAGCUCGUCAAUUUUGUAUCCCGCGUCGUGUUGGAUGAGUGA